AUGAUUAGAAACGCGAUUUUAAAGAAUUUUUGGCAACAAAAAUUAUUUUUUCGUCGUUUCCAUGAGAUCCCAGAUCGCUUGAAAGAAGUUGGAACUGCUGAAGAUCCUCAGUUAUCGGACAUGGUUGAGUAUUACUUCCACAAGAGCGUUCAAAUAUCAGCCCCGAAGUUGUGUGAAAGUUUAAAAAAGUAUCCACGAUGGUCCGACCAACGUCGCAUUUCCCGUACAAAAGCGAUUCUUGCGAUGAUUUCCACGCCAGCCAACACAAUUGAGGUUACUUUUCCAAUUCAACGUGAAAAUGACGAAUAUGAGCUUCUCACGGGCUAUCGAUGUCAUCACGGACUGCAUCGUCUUCCAGCAAAAGGCGGAAUUCGUUUCUCGCCGGAUGUGACGCGUGAAGAGGUGCGAGGACUUGCUUCGAUAAUGACCUUCAAAUGUGCCUUGGUGAAUGUCCCAUUCGGCGGCGCCAAGGGCGGAGUUUGUAUUGAUCCCACAAAUUACACGACAAGAGAGCUGCAAGCCAUUACGCGACGAUAUGCGAUCGAAUUGAUCAAGAAAAACUUCAUUGGACCCGGAAUUGAUUGUGCAGCGCCCGAUUACGGAACAGGCCCGCGUGAAAUGUCGUGGAUUGCAGAUCAGUACAUCAAGACUUUAGGGCACAAUGACAUCAAUGCGAUGGCAAUUGUCACGGGAAAGCCACUGAAUCAAGGCGGGUUGAAGGGAAGAAUUGAUUCGACGGGACGAGGAUUGUUCUAUGCUGCCAAAUGCUUCGUACGGGAACCAAGUUGGAUGAAAGCCAUCGGAUUGGAGACAGGAUUUGAAGGAAAAACUGUCAUUGUUCAGGGCUUUGGUAACGUCGGUUCUUAUGGCGCCUUGCACUUCCAUGAGCACGGAAAUUGCAAAAUAAUCGGAAUAAUUGAAAAAGAUUGUUCGUUGUACAAUCCCGAAGGCAUUGACAUCCCAGCUCUCAUCGAUUACAAACUCCAUAACAAGUCACUUGUUGGAUUUUCGGGCGCCCAAGAGACAACUGACGACUUAAUGUCCUACGAAUGUGACAUUUUAAUCCCUGCUGUGAUGGAAAAAUCCAUAAAUUCAUCGAAUGUCGAUCAAAUCAAAGCUAAAAUCAUCAUCGAAGGUGCUAAUGGACCCACAACUCCAAGUGCUCAUGAGACUUUGUUAAAGAAGAAAGUCCUCGUAAUACCAGAUAUUUUUGCCAAUUCCGGCGGAUUAAUAGGAUCUUACUUCGAAUACUUGAAAAAUAUCAAUCACAUCUCUUACGGAAAAUUAACUUUCAAGCAAGAAAAGGACCACGCUUAUGAAAUUUUGAAAUCCGUUCAAGAUUCCAUCCGCAAAUCGGGGACUUGUGUUCAUGUGAGCCCGAAUGAGAAGUUGAAAGAACAACUGGAACACGCCACCGAGGCCGAUAUCGUUCGUUCGGGACAAGAAUCUGUGAUGGAAAAUGCUGCCAUUGGUAUUAUGACAACUGCCAAUCAAUAUGAACUUUGUCUGGAUCUUAGAACAGCUGCUUAUAUCUAUUGCGUGGAGAAGAUUUUCGAGUCAUACGAAACAGCUGGCUUGACAAUGUAA